ACUCUCUUGUCAAUCAGCGACGCGCUAGCAGCUACUUACGACUUAUAGCCUAAAUCACACCUCAUCUCACUUUUCCAACUUCUCACCCCAAACAACCCCCCACACAUUCACAAUGUCGCACAAGGACCCCCGAGAGACUGAGCUCUCCGUACCCAAGCAGCACAAGGCCGCCAUUGUUCAAAAGGAAGGUGGAGAGGUAAAAGUCAUCGACGUCGACACUCCCCAGAAGCUGGAGCGUGGUCAAGUCCUAGUCAAGGUCCUCUUCUCUGGUAUCUGCCACACCGACCUCCACGCUCAGAUUGGUGACUGGCCAGCCCAUGCUACCUUCCCCCUCUGUGGUGGACAUGAAGGUGCUGGUGUCGUCGUAGCCCUCGGUGAGGGAGCUGAUCAAUUCGUAAAGAAGGGAGACCGAGUUGGUAUCAAGUGGCUUGCAGACUCUUGCCUCACUUGCGACUUCUGCCGACAUGGAAAUGAGCCCAACUGCCAAGCUGCCAAGAUGCACGGCUUCACCGAGCACGGAUCCUUCCAGCAGUACGCCGUCUCCUUUGCCCGACACGUCACCCCCAUCCCCGAUGGACUCUCCCUCGAGGCUGCCGCACCCCUCCUCUGCGCCGGUGUCACCGUCUGGAAGGCCGUCAAGACUGCCAACCUUACUCCCGGCCAAACCGUCGCCAUCGUCGGUGCUGGGGGUGGACUUGGUCACUUGGCUGUUCAAUACGCCAAGGCUGCCGGUCUACGAGUCAUCUCCAUUGACACUGGUGACGACAAGCAACUCUUGACUCAACAGCUCGGUUCGGACCACUUUGUCGACUUUGCUACCGAAAAGGACCUCGUUGCUGCCGUAAAGGCAAAGACUUCCGACGGUCUCGGACCUCACGCAGCCAUCGUUGCUGCCUCUGGUGCCAAAGCCUACGAGCAGGCCCUCGACUACAUUCGUCCCACUGGUGCCUUGGUCCCCGUCGGUCUUCCACCCAAUGCAGCAUGCAAGUACGACAUCUUCUUCGGUGUCUUCUUCACCAAGCGAAUCCUACCUUCCUACGUUGGUAACCGACAGGACGCAAUUGAGUCGCUGCAGUUUGCGGCCGACGGAAAGGUCAAGGUCAUUUACAAGGCUCGAGGACUUACGGAAUUGGCAAGCAUCUAUGAUGAUAUGCACCAUGGAAAGAUUGCUGGAAGGAUCGUCGUUGACAACUCCAAGUGAGAGAAGAGAAGAGGAUAAAGCAGACAUUUCCUCGUUCUGUUCAUUAUCAAACGAUGCUCUCCAUCUGUUCAUGUCUCCCCUUUGAUCGCUCUUCCCCCAAAGUCAUCUUGUUGCUGUAGUA